AUGCUGGGGGUGGACAUGUAUGAGACUUUGGCCCUGGGGCCUCCAAGAUGGACCGACUGCUGCUACAGAGAAAGAGAUGCACAGUCCCACCUGCCGCUCUUUCCAAGCACUUGUGACAUGACCAGAACCGUACCGGGCUCAAUCCUGGCCCCCGCUGUCCCCAUAAACCUGAGUGGCAAAGAACAAGGUAACUUCAAAAUGGAUCUAGAAAACUCAUCCUUGUGGAAACAGUUCAGUGGCAUCGGGACCGAGAUGGUCAUCACCAAGACAGGCCGCCGCAUGUUCCCGCAGCUCAAAGUGAAGCUCUCUGGGCUGAACCCCUCCCUGCGCUACAUUCUGUUGCUGGAAGUCGUCCCGGCGGAUGCGUCAAAGUAUCGCUUCCAGGGAGGCUGCUGGCACGCCGUGGGCAGCGCCGAGCCACGCCUCCCCGACCGUAUGUUCAUCCACCCGGACUCCCCUGCCACGGGGGCCCACUGGCAGGGCAGGACCAUCUCCUUCCAUCAGGUCAAGUUGACCAACAACACGCUAGACACACACGGACAUAUCAUACUUCACUCCCUCCAUCGCUAUCAGCCACGUGUGCAUGUGAUCGAGGCUAGAGAUGCGCGGAUGUGGGGAGGGAUCCGCCAGUCCUUUGUUUUCCCUGAAACUCAGUUCUUCGCAGUCACAGCUUACCAGAACAGCAAGAUCACUGAACUGAAGAUCAACUCCAACCCGUUUGCGAGGGGAUUCAGGGAGAACGGCAUGAACAGCAAGAGACAAAGAGAGGCGAGGCUCAAGAAAAAAUUAAACUGCAAUUCUAAUCAGCAGCAAGAACUGCUAGAUGAUGCUGAGUCUCAUGAGCCAUGCGAAUCCUCUGAGCAAUCUGCAAAAAACUGCCAGGACCUUGACCUGGGUAGCCUCCCAAUCCCCGAUUCUGCCUGCAGCUGCAGCCCGAAUGAUCCCAACUUGAGGGAAACAUCUGUGGUAGACGAACGUCAGUCCCUCAGUCUCACCCAGGCCUUCCUCCCGCGUCCCACUGAGAAGAUUACAAACACCGCUGAAAAUGUGCAAUCGAAUGCUGACGCCGAUAGUGACGGACUAAUGGAAAACUCUGGCCAAAUAAUUCUCGCUUCAUACAACCAAGCUUUUCCCAACCCUCACACCAACUGCACCUCCUUCCCUUCUGCAUGUCUACCACAAUCUGCACCACCUUAUCAGUCUGUCCCCCCCUCUGUGUCUCCGUAUUCCUCCCUUCCUCCAGGGUCAUCCUCUUCUCCAGCUCCUGUCUCUGUAUCUCUGUGUCAAUCCCUUCCUCCUUCCUCCUAUCCUUCUCUCCUUCCAGCUCUGCUUCCCAUUUCCACUUCCUCCACUUCUCUCCAGACCUCAUCGUCCAACUACCACCUUGUAUCUCUUCCAUCCUCCUCUCCUCAACCCCAAGAGGCCCCACCAGUUACCUCCUAUCCAGCCCUCUCUAACUCCAGCUCCCCAGAAGCUCUCCUUAGUCCUCUACCCUCUCACCCAUCUUCAGCAUAUCUCAGCCUCCAUCAUUCAGUCUCUUCCAAUACUCCUCCAUCCAUGUGUACUUCAAAUAACUCACUGACUACCACCAAUAAUAACCCCCCUUCUGUGCCCAGCGAGACUAGUCUGACUCCUACCUCGUAUUCUUCCCAACCUUCCCGUGACUCCCCUUCCUCUCUUCCUGAAACCGUUACACCAGGAUCUGUAACUAAUCAGGCUCACCUCUCUACCAUUGAUCCGACUGAUCCACCCUCCACAGGAUCUCAAUACAAUCCCGCUGCCAGUCACACUCUGCCCACUUCCACCUUCCCCUCUUCCUCAGUCCAUGCUUCUCACUCAGUUCUCAGCCACUCCGCUGUCUGUUCUUUAGCUUCAUCUGUAUCAUCCUUCUCUUCUCUUUCCCCAACAUCUGGCCACGACGCCUCCUCUCUUCCUAAUCACCCUCUCCCACCAACCAGUUAUCUACCUUUUCCCUCCUCCACAUCUUCCUCCUAUCCAUCCUCUGAAAUUGCCUCCUUCCCUCCAUUCAAGACCAGUUCUUCCUAUCUGUCAGAAAUGGUUCCACACACUACUCUCAUGACUACCCUUGAGCCCACGCUUCCUUCUUGUCAUACAUCAACCUCUCCUUCUCCUAGUUCUCUGUACCCAUCAUUCCCCUCCUACCCACUAAGGAUAUGCCAAGAUCCACACGCCUCCUUCACCAUCCCUCUCAGGCAUCUUUAUGGACAGCAUCGACAUGGACACACAUACAGUCAGAGGACCUACGUGGAGAUUCCGAGCAGGGCUAUAUUUUAA